AUGGUACUCCUGGAGAGCGAGCAGUUCCUAAAGGAGCUGACCAGGCUCUCCCAGAACUGUUGGUUGUUGAGCAGCAUGUACAUCACCUUGAAGAAGGAUGAUGGUCGAACUAAACCUGCACCAAGGAAGGGUUCUGUGGAGGGCGUUGAGCCCUCAGACAACAAGUGUCUGUUGAGAGCAAUGGAUGGGAAAAAGAAGAUCAUCACAAUGGUGAGCUCCAAAGAAGUGAAUAUGUUUCAGAUGGCUUAUUCAAACCUAUUAAGAGCUAACAUGGAUGGGCUGAAGGAGAGACAAAAAGAGCAAAAGAGCAAAGCAGCACAGGGAGGCACUGAAUCCCCUGCUUUUACCAAACCACUGAAUUACUAUAUUUCCCUUUUUAUUAUAGUUUUGUUUAUUAAUCUAGGUUACUGGUUCCCUCAUUAA